AUGGACCAAAAAGAAAAAGAAAACCCCACAUUUCUUCUUUACCCGUCACCCGCCGCUCGCCCCGCGCCGCGCUUCCUCACCGCCCGCGUCCCCUCCUCCUCCGCAGCGAGCGAUGAAGCCGCCCGAGAUGCCGAGGUGGCCCCUCGGGAGCACGUGGGCCCCGGCGGCUCCCUGCAGCCCCGCGAGGAGAAGCAGGAGCCGGUGGUGGUGCGGCCCUACCCGCAGGUGCAGAUGCUGACRCAGCACCACCCGGUGCCGUCCGGGGCGCCCGUGACCGUGACSGCCUCCCCGGCGCAUCUGACGCCCGCCGUGCCGCUCUCCUUCUCCGAGGGACUCAUGAAGCCACCCCUGAAACCCACUAUGCCCAGCCGGCCCAUUGCUCCCGCUCCGCCCUCCACGCUCUCCGCUCCCACGAAGGUUCCUGGGCAGGUCACCGUCACCAUGGAAAGCAGCAUCCCACAGGCUCCGACAAUUCCAGUGGCAACUAUCAGCGGACAACAGGGGCACCCCAGUAACCUGCACCACAUCAUGGCCACCAACGUGCAGAUGUCCAUCAUCAGGAGCAGCGCCCCUGGGCCUUCCCUGCACAUUGGAGCUUCUCACUUGCCCCGAGGUGCAGCAGCUGCUGCAAUGAUGUCCAGCUCUAAAGUAACCACAGUCCUAAGACCAGCGUCCCAGCUGCCAAAUGCAGCUGCAGCUCAGCCAGCAGUUCAGCACAUCAUCCAUCAACCAAUCCAGUCUCGUCCUCCUGUGACGACUUCAAGCACUAUUCCUCCCGCCGUGGUGGCAACUGUCUCUGCUACGAGAGCUCAGUCUCCAGUUAUAACUACCACAGCAGCACAUGCUACAGAGUCGACUCUCAGCCGCCCCACUCUGUCUAUCCAGCAGCACCCGCCGUCAGCCGCUAUCAGCAUCCAGCGGCCCACGCAGCCGAGGGACGCGGCCACGCGCAUCACGCUGCCGUCUCACCCGGCCAUAGGAGCGCAGAAGCCGCAGCUCCACGCCAUGGCCCAGAAAACCAUUUUCAGCACUGGUACUCCGGUGGCAGCGGCAACAGUGGCACCUAUUUUGGCAACAAAUACCAUUGCUUCAGCAACCACAGCUGGUUCAGUUUCUCACACCCAAGCGCCUACAAGUACCAUUGUCACCAUGACGAUGCCCUCCCAUUCUUCCCAUGCUACUGCUGUCACAACCUCAAACAUCCCAGUUGCUAAGGUGGUUCCCCAGCAAAUCACUCAUACUUCUCCACGGAUCCAGUCUGAUUAUUCCGCAGAAAGGAGCAAUCUGAUUCCCAUCCCUGGUCACCGGGCAUCUCCAAACCCAGUAGCAAUGGAAACCAGAAAUGACAACAGGCAGUCGGUGCCUGUCCAGUUCCAGUACUUCCUACCAACGUACCCGCCUUCUGCCUAUCCAUUGACGGCGCACACCUACACGCCCAUCACCAGCUCYGUGUCUACCAUCCGCCAGUACCCAGUUUCAGCCCAGGCGCCCAACUCGGCAAUCACAGCUCAGACUGGUGUGGGAGUGGCCUCCACUGUGCACCUGAACCCCAUGCAGCUGAUGACUGUCGAUGCAUCCCAUGCCCGGCACAUCCAGGGCAUCCAGCCGGCACCUAUCGGCACSCAAGGGAUCCAGCCGGCACCUAUUGGUGCGCAGGGCAUCCAGCCAGCUCCCAUUGGGACYCAGGGCCUGCACCCCACUGCACCCAUCGGCACGCAGGGACUCCAGCCGGCACCCAUCAGCGCUCAGCAGCCCCAAGCCGAGACCAAGACUUCAGCAGUAGUGUUGGCGGAUGGAGCCACCAUUGUAGCCAAUCCUAUUAGCAACACAUUCAAUACAGCUUCAGCAGCGACCACAGUUGUGCAAACCCACAACCAGAGUGGCAGUGCCAGCGCGCCAGCCCAGGGCUCUUCCCCGCGCCCCAGCAUCCUCCGCAAGAAACCGACCACCGAUGGSCUGGCAGUCCGGAAAAGCUUAAUUCCCCCUCAGCCUUCUGAGAUAACUAGCACGCGAGUGGAGAGUACUAUGCGAAGCACGUCGGGAUCUCCCAGGCCUGCUGGUGCCAAGCCGAAACCUGAAAUCCACGUGUCCAUGGCGGCUCCCGUGACGGUGCCCAUGGAGGCAGUGUCGAACCAGGGUGGCGAGCAGCCCACCAUCGCGGUGCCCCCCAGCUCACAGCAGCCRCCCUCCGCCCUGCCGGGCAUCAUCGCGGGCGCCAGCCCCACGUCGCAGCCCGCGGCCGCGCUCGCCGCCCUGCCGGGAGCCCUGCCGGCCGCCCCGCCGACCUCCACGGCCAUCGCGGCCGCCUCCGCCCCUGCCUCCACCAUGAGCAGCGCCCUUUCCGCGGUGCUGGGGCCUGCUGUACCGGACAUAAAGAUCAAAGAGGAGGUGGAGCCCAUGGACAUCAUGCGACCUGUAUCUGCAGUCCCUCCUUUGACUACGAGUACUGUGUCUCCAUCUCUGGCGUUGCUGGCCAACAACCUUUCAAUGCCACCAAGUGAUUUACCUCCUGGUGCCUCCCCAAGGAAGAAACCCCGCAAGCAGCAGCAUGUCAUCUCCACAGAGGAAGGGGACAUGAUGGAAACAAACAGCACUGACGAUGAGAAAACCACUGCCAAAAGUUUGCUAGUGAAGGCAGAGAAGCGCAAGUCUCCUCCCAAGGAGUAUAUCGAUGAAGAAGGUGUAAGGUAUGUCCCUGUGCGUCCAAGGCCGCCUAUCACGCUGCUCCGCCAGUACCGCAAUCCCUGGAAAUCUGCCUAUCACCACUUCCAGAGAUACAGCGACGUCCGGGUGAAAGAAGAGAAAAAGGCCAUGCUGCAAGAGAUUGCCAAUCAGAAGGGUGUAUCCUGUCGUGCCCAAGGGUGGAAGGUCCAUCUCUGUGCGGCACAGCUACUACAGCUGACAAACUUGGAGCACGAUGUGUAUGAGAGACUGACUGCCCUGCAGGAGGGCCUCAUUCCCAAGAAAAAGGCAGCAACCGACGAUGACUUGCAUCGAAUAAAUGAACUGAUACAGGGGAAUAUGCAGAGGUGUAAACUGGUGAUGGAUCAAAUCAAUGAAGCUCGAGACUCCAUGUUAAAGGUGUUGGAUCACAAAGAUCGUGUUUUGAAGCUUCUAAACAAGAAUGGAACUGUCAAGAAAGUAUCCAAAUUAAAGCGGAAGGAGAAGGUUUAAAGCCAGAGUGGCUGGAA